UUUUCAUAUUUGAUAUCUAAUGUCAAUGUUGUGGUUGUUAUUGUUUUAAAUAGGGUCCUAAAACCAUAUACUGUAUUGUAUAAAUUGAACAAUCUUUAACUAAAAAUAAAAUAAGACUGCAAAUACCGUUGCACAUUCAAAAUAAACAAAUUUCUGACAUGGCGGCUGAGAGCGAAGUGUUUAAGUUAGAGAAAGAUCUGUGUAGGUGUUGUCACGCCGAAGGGAAUUUCCAUAAGUUAUUUGAGCCUUCGCAACAAGAAAACUUCUGUGAUAUGUUAAGAAAUUGUUUUGAUAUGAACAUUACACCAGUUACAGGGAAUUUAAGUGAUGUCACAAAUGCAAUAUGUCCAGAGUGUGUCGUCAAACUAAAAGACGCCAGCUCGUUUAAAAGACAAGUUCAACAGUGCGAGGAGAAAUUCUACGAUCUUUAUUAUAAGAACGCUUUAUUUGACAACUCCUACAAAGGCACUGCGCCUACAGUGAAAGAAGAAUUAGACAUAGAUUUUACAACGCUCGAAGAUGAAAAAAAGCAAUGUUCCGAUAUAAAAAUGGAUACUGGUGAUAACACAGAAGACGAGAUGCAUUUGAGCGAUUUGAAGAAGGUGAAGCCGAAAGCUAAAGUUAAGAAUAAAAAGUGUAAGAAAAUCACGCAGGAAGGCUGUGAAGAUAAAUCGAGAAAAGACGUGGAAAAACCAUCCGACUACCGCACAUCCGACAUUCGUGACAUCGUCAAGUUGAUCAUAAUGUUUUCAACGGCUACCCCCUUCCGGUGGUCAUACAGCAAGUACAUGUGUUUCUUCUGCGACCGUGUGUUCACAAAGUUCUCAGAACUGAAGCAGCACCACUACGACCACUACGAGAUAAAACUGGACAGUUCCCUGCGCUCCAUAACCACGGAGACGAAAGUGAAGUUCGAAGUCAGCCAGCUAUCCUGCAAAAUAUGCCCGAAGGACAUGCAAACGUUGGACGAUCUGCUCGAUCACAUCACUAUAACGCACAAACAGGGGUACAAUAGCGUUGUGCGAUGCUCGAUAUUCGCCUUCCGUUUGACGGACACGGAAGCGCCGUGCCAGCAGUGCGACCAGACGUUCUCGUUCUUCGGCAACCUAUUGUCCCACGUGUACAAAAACCACCUGGGCACCGGGCAGUUUCUGUGCGACAGUUGCGGCAAAGGGUUCCCGACGAAGUUCAUGUUGAAGAAGCACGUGCGUUUGGAGCAUACGAACGCGGACUACGUGUGCCAAACGUGCAAUAUGUCGUUCAAAACGCACGGCGCAUUUUCCUACCAUCGUAUCACCCAUAAGGGCGACUUCAAUUGCGCCCAGUGCCCCGAGAGAUUCCCCAGCUGGUACCUACGGAAGCGGCACGUCGCGUUCGCGCACGACAAAUCGCUGCAGAUCGCGUGCGAGCUGUGCUCCAAGACGUUCGUGAAAUACAACUCGCUGAAAUGGCACCUGAUGUCCGUGCAUCACAACGAUAAACCGUUCGCGUGUGAUCUGUGCGACUUCAAGUGCAUCAACAAGACGUAUUUGAAACGGCACAUGGUCAGCCAUUCGGAUACGCGGCCGUUCCAGUGCCACGUGUGCGUGAAAGCGUUUCAGAGGAAGGAGCACCUCGAGACGCACGUGCGUAUACAUACGAACGAUAGGAGAUACGUGUGCAAGGAGUGCGGGAAGGGUUUCGUGCAAAUUGCCGGCUUGAAGGUGCAUUUGCGGGCGCACCACUCGACCGCGUGAUUGUCUAUGGUGUAGUCUAUGGUCGGUGUAGUCUUUGGUCCUAGAGUCUAUGGCUGGCGUAGUCUAUGAUCGGUGUAGU